UGACAGUUAAAAAAAACUGUUUUCCUCCCGCGAAAAUUAAAGCUUUUUGGAAAAGGCAUUGAUUUGCUUUAUUCAAUCAAGUUUUGAAUCAGUGGAAAGCCCCAGCUCCGACAUGCCCACUUCCUCUACUUUUCUUCUGCUCUCCUCUCUGCCCCAAGAUCGCACUUUCUUCGAUUUCCUUUUCCUCUGCCAAAUAUGGUUAAAGAAACUGAAUUCUACGACGUUCUUGGCGUCAGCCCUGCUGCUUCCGUGGAGGAGAUUCGCAAAGCCUACUAUCUUAAGGCUAGGCAAGUCCACCCCGAUAAGAAUCCAGAUGAUCCCCAGGCAGCUGCGCGGUUUCAGGUACUAGGAGAAGCUUACCAAGUUUUGAGUGAUCCGUUGCAGAGAGAUACAUAUGAUCGGAAUGGCAAGAAUUGCAUAUCUAAGGAAACAAUGCUUGAUCCAACUGCUGUUUUCGCUCUCCUGUUUGGGAGUGAACUUUUUGAAGAUUAUAUCGGGCAUCUAGCUGUGGCAUCAAUGGCGUCUACUGAAUUAGCCGGUGAAAGCGACAAUCCAGAAAAAGUCCAUGACAAACUCAAGGCGGUUCAACGAGAGAGAGAGGAAAAGCUUGCUGUGAAGCUAAGAGAUUUUCUUCAGCAAUAUGUCAGUGGUGACAAAGAUGGCUUCAUCAGAAAAGCUGAAUCAGAAGCAGAGAGGCUUUCGCGUGCAUCUUUUGGGGCUGAAAUGCUGAACACCAUUGGAUACAUAUACACGAGGCAGGCGGCGCUGCAGCUGGGGAAGAAAGCCCUCUAUCUAGGGGUGCCGUUCGUUGCUGAGUGGGUUCGCACAAAGGGACACUUUUGGAAGUCACAAUUCACAGCAGCAAAAGGUGCUUUUCAGCUGCUGCAGCUCCAGGAUGACAUCAGAAGACAGUGCAAGAUCGAAGGUGGUGGUGAGGAAGACGACGUGGAGGCACAUCUACGACAGAACAGGGAGGCGCUCAUGAACUCGCUGUGGAAACUGAAUGUGGUAGACAUUGAGAUCACUCUGGCUCAUGUCUGUCAAAUGGUGCUUCAAGACAGCCAUGUGAGGAGGGAAGAGCUCAAGACGAGGACCGUUGCUCUGAAAAAUCUAGGGAGAGUUUUUCAGAGUCAAAAGUUGAAUCAAAAUGGUGGAACAUCAAAGAAGAAAGUUGAAGAUGAGAGCAGCUCUGAUAGUAGUGAUGAUGAGGACUCUCACAGACCACUCAAUUACAAAACACCUCUUGUUACACAGGGCAUAGGAAGGCUCUUCAGGUGUCUCUGUAACCCGGCGUUUGACGUUGAUGACGAUGAAAUUGUGUAUAGAGGAAGAUGAGUGUAACAGAUUAUUGCUUCUGUUAGACAAAAACAAGCUGGUUUGUUAGAACAAAAAUUGGUGUUUUAGUACAGGCUCAGUUUCUUACAAGAAAGUGUCUGUUUCAGACAAUUGAUUAUUUCAUGUUGUUUUGUUUUGGAGAAAAUGUCUCAUUUUCAAGA